AUGGCGGCUCCGGGAGCGCUGGAAGCGGCGGCCGGCAGCGUGCCGGGCACCAAGGUGGAGCUCACCGUGUCCUGCCGGAACCUGCUGGACAUGGACACCUUCUCCAAGUCCGACCCAGUGGUCAUCCUCUUCGUGCAGGGCACGGGGAGCAGCGAGUGGAAAGAAUUCGGGCGCACCGAGGUGAUCGACAACACCCUGAACCCCGACUUCGUCCGCAAGUUUGUCCUCGAUUACUACUUUGAGGAGAAGCAAAACCUUCGCUUUGACGUCUACAACGUGGACUCUAAGAGCUGCUCCAUCUACAAGCAGAAGGACUUCCUGGGGCAGGCGUUCGUGGCAUUGGGAGAGGUGAUCGGGUCCCAGCGGGGCCGUCUGGAAAGAGCCCUCACGGGGGUCCCAGGGAAGCGGUGUGGGACCAUCCUGCUGCUGGCCGAGGAGCUGAGCAACUGCAGGGACAUCGUCACCAUGCAGCUGUGUGCCAACAAGCUGGACAAGAAGGACUUCUUUGGGAAAUCCGACCCCUUCCUUGUCUUCUACCGCAGCAACGAGGACGGCACCUUCACCAUCUGCCACAAGACGGAGGUGGUGAAGAACACACUUAACCCAGUGUGGCAGCCCUUCACCAUACCCGUGCGUGCCCUCUGCAACGGUGACUACGACCGCACAGUGAAGAUUGAUGUGUACGACUGGGACCGGGAUGGGAGCCACGACUUCAUCGGGGAGUUUGCCACCAGCUACCGGGAGCUGUCCCGUGCACAGAGCCAGUUCACAGUGUAUGAGGUGCUGAACCCUAGGAAGAAGUGCAAGAAGAAGAAAUAUGUCAACUCUGGCACUGUGACUCUGCUCUCCUUCUCCGUCGAGUCUGAGUUCACCUUCGUUGACUACAUACGGGGCGGGACACAGCUGAAUUUCACCGUCGCCAUUGACUUCACGGCCUCCAACGGGCUGCCAUCGCAGCCCACGUCGCUGCACUACGCCAGCCCCUACCAGCUGAGCGCCUACGCCUUGGCACUCAAGGCCGUCGGGGAGAUCAUCCAGGACUACGACAGUGACAAGCUCUUCCCUGCCUACGGCUUUGGUGCCAAGCUGCCACCCGAUGGCAAGAUCUCCCACCAGUUCCCCCUGAACAACAACGUGGACAACCCCAGCUGUGCUGGCAUCGAGGGCGUGCUCGAGUCCUACCUGCAGAGCCUGCGCACCGUGCAGCUCUACGGGCCCACCAACUUCGCCCCCGUCAUCAACCAGGUGGCCGGCACGGCUGCCCAGGUGACUGACGGCUCUCAGUACCACGUCCUGCUCAUCAUCACCGACGGCGUCAUCUCCGACAUGAUGCAGACCAAGGAGGCCAUCGUUACCGCCUCCGCGCUGCCCAUGUCCAUCAUCAUCGUGGGAGUGGGGCCAGCUGAGUUCGAGGCCAUGGAGGAGCUGGACGGGGACGAGGUGCGCGUGUCGUCGCGGGGACGCUACGCCGAGAGGGACAUCGUGCAGUUCGUGCCGUUCCGGGACUACGUGGACGAGGCGGGCAGCCAGGUGCGGAGCAUGGCGCGCCUGGCCAAGGACGUGCUGGCCGAGAUCCCCGAGCAGCUGCUGUCCUACAUGCGGGGCCGCGGCAUCGAGCCCCGCCGCAACGCCGCGCAGUGA